AUGGAGAAAUAUACAAAAGAAGAAAUAAAAACUGAAAAACCAUUAAAAAAUAGAUUUAUAAAGGAAGUAGAUAUAGUAAAUUUUUCUUUAAAAAAAAAAUAUUGCUUGCUAAUAUUAUUUUGUUUAUAUAUAACUACAUGUGUUGGAAUAUUUUUUAAUUGGAUUUCAUUAUCUGAUUUUUUUUAUCACGGAAAUGUAUAUAUAGAUCAAUGCAAUGGAAUAAGUACAAGAUCAAAUUUGAAAGAUGGAAACAAUAAACCAUAUAGUUGUGAAGAACAAGACAAAAAAGUUCAAGCAUUAUAUCCUAUUAUUAUAAGUUCGAAUUUUAUUAUGUCUGCUAUAUCUGGUAUAUUUUUUGAUUAUUUUGGCCCAAAAAUUACAGCACUAAUUGGUCAUACAUUUAAUAUAAUUUCAUGGUUAUUAAUAGGUUUUCAAAAAGAAGCAAAUAAUAAUAUAAUAAUAAUUGGUGCCAUAUUUUUAGGUCUUUCUUGUGAUUCUUCAUAUAUACCAAUUCUUAAUUUAAUUUAUUUAUUUCCAAAAAAUCAUACCACCUAUACAGUAAUAUUAGGUUGUUGUGCUUCAUUAAGUUUUAGUAUACCCAUAUUUUUUGAUCUAUUAUCUAAAGGAAAAGAUCCAGAAUAUUUCCAGUAUAUUUGUUUUUUAUAUUGCUUUGUUAUAUUAAUACCUUUUUUUUUUAUUAUAGCUAUUUUCCUACCACUCAAGCAUAUAAAUUCUCCUCAGCUUCCACUUGAAAUUGAAAAGAGUAGUAAUACACUUAAAGAGUUAGAAGGGUAUUUAGUUUCAGAAAAUAAAAAUAAUGACAUAUCUAAGAAUCCAAAUGAAGAUGGAAAUAUGAACAAAAUAUAUAAAACCGUGAAAAGUGAUAAAAGUGAAAAUAUCAAUAAUAUUGAUAAAGAUAACAAUUUAGAGAAUCAAAUAAGUAGAUGUAGUUCAAAAAAUAGUGACAAAUUUAUUGGAACACCUUUGACGCCUCUUAAUGAAUUGGUUAUUAAAAAAAGAAGCUCAACAAUAUCAUCAGAUGAUGUAAUAUCUUUAAGGGGGGUAAAAAAUGAAGAUAAUAAAAUUGGUUAUAAUAAUAUAUCAUUGAAAAUGAGUGAUAAAAUUGUAGGAAAAUUGGAAAAAUCAGAAGAAGAUUACCAAAAUGAUUAUAUUGAUGAAAAAAAAGAUAAUAAUUCAAAUAUACUAGAAAUUAAGAAUAUAAUAAUUGAUAUAGACAAUAAUAAAAAAUGGAAAAAAUUUAAAUUCAAUUUAAAAAAUUUAUUAACUGAAAUAAUAGGUGUAUUUUUUUCUCUAAAAUAUGUUAGUAUAUGUUAUUAUUUUACUAUAUAUAAUUUAUCAUUAGUUAAUUAUAAUGAAUGUGCAAAAUUAUUUUUUAAGGAUUAUAAAGAUAUACAAUUUAUAUUAAAAUUAUUUGGUCCUUUAUCUAUAUUAUCUUGCGCAUCUUUUGGUAUUCUAAUAAAUAAGUUUCAUAUAAUAUUAAUAAUAUAUUUUUUAUUAGCAAGUAGUUUAUUUAUGUAUAUAUUUGCAAUAAUCAAAAUAAAAUUAUUUGCAUAUUUUAGUUCAUUUUGUUAUUUAAUAGUUACCGGAUGUUAUACUACUCAAUUAUAUUGUUAUAUACAAAUUAUGUUUCCUAAAUGUCAUUUUGGAAAAAUUGCAGGAACUACAAGUAUGAUUAGUGGAUUAUUAUCUUUGCUUAAUAUACCUAUUUAUAAUUAUUUUAUUGUUGAUUUAAAUAAAAAUAACCCUGAACCCUUUGCAUAUGUUGUUAUAGCUAUGCUAAUAUCAACAUUUCCACUUUUAUUCCUUACAUAUCGAAGGCAUAUAAAUGAUAACAUACAAACUCUCGAAGGAUAG